AUGGCCAGCAUUCAUGAUGCCUCUUCUUUCCCGACGCCACCCAGUUUCGCGGAAGCUGGCUGGAUUCCACUCACCGUGUCCCAUCGCAAACAAACCUACACCUUCGAGCUACCCGGAGACGCCCCGGUAUCUGAUCUGUUCGACGAGAUUGCUGACGUUCUCGGGAUCCCCGUGUGCAACCAAAAGAUUCUCGUGCCCAAAGGCCCCCUCCUCAAGACGCCCUUCAAGGAUCCCAACAUGCCGCUCAGCACUUUGCAAAACAAGUCUCUGACGCUGAUCGGUUCCCCAGCAGCAGAGGUGGAAGCCGUCCAAAACAUAUGCGACAAGAUCGCUCGAAGCAAGGCGGCCCGCCUGGCUCAGCAAGCAAAGUUGAAGCCCAAAAAGAAGGCAUUCGCAACCCUGUCCCAAGACGACACCAGAUAUACGUUUCUCCAGGUCAAGCCCCUUCAAGGCUUGCCUCGUCCGGACAGAAGCUACGCACUCCUCAUGCGGCUCAAAGAAGACCCCGGCAUCAGAGCAGCCAUGAAGAAGCACAAGUUCACCGUUUCUCUCCUCACCGAGAUGGAGCCUCUGUCCCACACCCAGACUACACAUGAGGGAACGUCGAGAACCCUCGGGCUCAAUCGCAACCAAGGCGAGGUCAUUGAGCUGCGUCUGCGAACAGAUGCCCACGACGGCUACCGAGACUACAAGACGAUUCGCAAAACGCUGUGCCAUGAGCUUGCGCAUAAUGUCCACGGCCCCCACAAUAGUCAGUUCUGGGAUCUCUGCCGUCAACUUGAGCGGGAGGUCGACGCGGCAGAUUGGAAGUCGGGCGGCCAUACGAUUGGCGAGUCGUCUCGGUACGUGAUUUCCGGGCAAGCUGGCAGCCGGGAGGAGCAGGAAGAUGAAGGCGGAUGGACGGGAGGCGAGUUUGUGCUCGGUGGCGUUAGUCAUGCUGGGACGGGCUUGACUCGUCGGGAUAUUCUGGCGCAGGCCGCGUUGGAGAGGCAAAUGAGGGAGGAUGGUGCGGAGAAGGCGGCGUGCGAUGCUGCCGAAAGGGGUUGGAGGCCGUGCCAGCGGUCGCAGCAGCCUAGCGACAAGAGGAAGUGA